AUGAAAGAGUACGUGAUAUUCCUUGCACAGCAACAUCCAACCUUCAGGGUGGCAGAACUGCGAGCCUUAGCUGAUCUGUACAAAUUUGAAGUGGACCUCUCGGGACACGAUGAGAAGAGCCCAUUUCUGAUUGUACGAUUGGAGAACGAUGACCAGGCAUCCAAGCUCGUGUCCCGUGGCAUCCUGUCCAGGGGUAUCUAUGAGCUCUGGGGAGUCGGUGACACUGAAGAGGAAUUGCACCAGGAUGUGAAGAGAAGAUCGUCUCAUCUGUGGGAGAAGUACAACCAGUGUACUUUCAAAUUUGACGUUUUGGCGUACAAGGGUAAGAGAUCAAACGUUGAAAAGAUCAGACUGAUAGAGAGAUUUGGCUACCUGGACUUCCACGGUGCCAUCAGAAUGAAGAACCCUGACCAGGUGUUCACCAUCUUGGAGCAUUACACCCCACCGACUGAGCAUGACGCUGCCGAGUUGCCUAGCAAGUACUACUUUGGAAGAGAAGUUGAGCUUAGUGGGAGAUCGAGAGGAGUGCUGGAGAAGUACGACUUGAAGAAAAGAAAGUACAUUGGCACCACCACGUUUGAAGCAGAACUGGCGUUGGUGACGUGUAAUUUGGCACACUGUGUGCCGGGGAGCAUCAUGUACGACCCGUUUGUUGGAACUGGGUCUUUCCUCGUUGCCGGUGCCCAUUAUGGAUGCCUUACAGUGGGGUCUGACAUCGACGGACGCUUGAUCAAAGGUAAGGGCAACGCCAAUAUAAAGGCCAACUUCAAGCAGUAUGGAAUGCCACACCUGUUUAUGGACGUGCUGACCAUGGACUUCACCCACAAUGCUCUGCGAGACGACUUGGUGAUCGACACCAUCGUGUGCGAUCCACCUUAUGGAAUCAGAGAAGGACUGAAGGUGCUGGGCGCAAAGAACCCAGAGAGAUUCGAAGGUAAGGAGAACAUUGAGAUUGAUGGAGAAAAGGCAUACCUGAAGAAAGAUUACAUUCCAACCAAGAAGCCCUACGAGCUCGAUUCACUGCUAUACGACCUUUUGGAGUUCGCCUCACGCAGAUUGCCAAUAGGAGGAAGACUGGCAUUUUGGAUGCCAACUGCCAACGAUAACUUUGAACCAACCAUCAUCCCGUUGCAUAGAAACCUCGAACUGAAGCACCACCUCGUCCAGGAGUUCAACAAGUGGUCAAGAAGGCUUCUCGUCUACGUCAAUCACGGUGAUGGGUACAACGGCGAGGAGAACAGAGCAGUAACCAUGCACCAAGAGUUUAGAAAGAUGUACUUUAGAUCACGUAGAGGGGAAGGUACAACUCUUGCUGACCAAGAGAAGGAAGAAUGA